GCAGUAAAGUAGUAUUAGGCACAUAUCUAGGCAGUAAAGUAGUAUUAGGCACAUAUCUAGGCAGUAAAGUAGCAUUAGGCCCUUAUCUAUGCAGUAAAGAAGUAUUAGGCACAUAUCUAGGCAGUAAAGUAGUAUUAGGCCCUUAUCUAUGCAGUAAAGUAGUAUUAGGCCCUUAUCUAUGCAGUAAAGUAGUAUUAGGCCCUUAUCUAGGCAGUAAAGUAAUAUUAGGCCCUUAUCUAGGCAGUAAAGUAGCAUCUAUGCAUUUGAUAUAAUUUCCAAUAUCUUUCAAGAAUAAAGUUGUGUCAGGGUAUAUUUCUAGGUAUUUGUGUUAUUAUACAGUUAUGCGGUUCUAUAUCAUGAUUUAUUACAAGAAAAAGUUGCAGAGGAAAAUAGGGUAUGGCCUUAAUCUGCCUGAGUUGCAAGCUUUCAUGAUUGCCUGACUGCUUGAAUCCCCAAGAUCCCCUCUUCACAGUGUUUUAUCAAUACCUUGAUUCAGACCAGUAAAAUCACGUGGCCGGAGUCAACCAAUCCUAAACCCGUUUUCUCCCUGACCUAAACCUGUCUCCGCCAAUGGGUUUUAAGGACGGAGUACCGGAGAAACUGAUGAAUUUUCCUCCAAGACGAACCUGAACCAUUCGGUUGCGUGGUGAUACCUUAUCUACACCUUCAUAACCUGCAACCUUCUCUUCUCUCCUCUCCUCAACAUCAAACCUUGAAACCAUGCGUGAGUGUAUCUCAGUACAUAUUGGACAAGCUGGAGUACAGAUUGGUAAUGCUUGCUGGGAGUUGUACUGUCUCGAACAUGGAAUCCAGCCGGAUGGACAGAUGCCCUCUGAUAAAACUAUCGGAGCCGGAGACGACUCCUUCAAUACGUUCUUCUCUGAGACCGGAGCCGGGAAACAUGUUCCAAGAGCUGUUUUUGUAGAUCUUGAGCCGACUGUUGUAGACGAGGUUCGAACUGGAACAUACCGUCAGCUGUUCCAUCCCGAGCAGCUGAUUACAGGGAAAGAGGACGCCGCCAACAACUACGCGAGGGGGCACUACACCAUCGGGAAGGAGAUCGUUGAUCUGGUUCUAGAUCGGGUUCGGAAACUAGCGGAUAUGUGCACAGGGCUUCAGGGGUUCCUCAUCUUUCAUUCAUUCGGAGGAGGAACUGGAUCAGGGUUCACUUCUCUUCUCAUGGAACGGCUCUCAGUAGACUAUGGAAAGAAAUCUAAACUUGAGUUCUCUAUAUACCCUGCACCACAGGUUGCAACAGCUGUGGUAGAACCGUACAACUCUAUCCUGACUACCCACACCACCCUGGAGCACUCCGACUGCGCCUUCAUGGUCGAUAACGAGGCCAUCUACGAUAUCUGCCGCAGGAACCUAGACAUUGAGCGGCCAACCUACACCAACCUGAACCGAUUGAUCGGGCAGAUCGUGUCGUCGAUCACUGCAUCUCUGAGGUUUGACGGAGCUCUCAACGUUGAUCUCACGGAGUUUCAAACUAAUCUGGUUCCAUACCCAAGAAUCCAUUUUCCUCUGGCUGUAUACGCUCCAGUUAUAUCCGCUGAGAAAGCUUACCAUGAACAGCUGACAGUAGGAGAGAUCACCAACGCUUGCUUCGAACCUGCAAACCAGAUGGUUAAAUGUGAUCCCCGGCAUGGUAAGUACAUGGCCUGCUGUAUGCUGUACAGGGGCGAUGUUGUACCAAAAGAUGUGAAUGCAGCCAUUGCGAACAUCAAGACGAAGCGUACAAUCCAGUUUGUGGAUUGGUGUCCUACAGGGUUCAAAGUUGGGAUCAACUAUCAGCCCCCAACUGUAGUUCCUGGUGGAGAUCUUGCUAAGGUUCCAAGAUGUGUCUGUAUGCUCUCCAAUACUACAGCUAUUGCUGAAGCCUGGGCAAGACUGGAUCACAAGUUUGAUCUCAUGUACGCAAAGAGAGCAUUCGUUCACUGGUAUGUUGGUGAGGGUAUGGAGGAGGGAGAAUUUAGUGAGGCGAGAGAGGAUCUUGCUGCUCUUGAGAAGGAUUACGAGGAGGUUGGAAUAGAUUCCCUUGAAGCCGAAGGAGAGGAGGGAGGAGAUGAGUACUAGGAUGUUUAUCUUGUAGUAUUCCAUGAAAACAGAAAAUACAAUAAAUGCAAUAGGUCGAA